CAGUGAGUUGAAUUAUAUUUAAAACGUGUUCCAACUUAAACCAUACACCAGCACAAUAUCAUGUCGGAUUCGAUUUCGAAAAGUCUACCAGCACACGGCACGAUGAACGGUACCGCACCGGCAAUUAUUCCGAAUUUGGUACCAAGCAAGGAUAAAGACGUGGAGCGCGGCGAGGUCGAGGAUCCGUCGCGACGGGGAGUCGUCGAGCCCGUCGACGGUGGCGGGAUAAUCCCCCCUCCAGGGGCGCCCCACUCACGUGUCUGCGAGAUGGGGGGCCGACGGAGUACAGUUGUGCGUUUGCUGCGUCGCCUGGCGCUAGCCACGAUGAUAGCAGCGAUCCUGGUUAUGCUCUCGGCGGCGAUAUGGAUGUCCAUGGGGUCGAGGUUCCUGGUGCAGCUAUUCCUCGUCGCCAUCGUCGCCUACUUUGCGUCCGGAGGAAGGUUCAGGUGGUUUUACGUCGCCGUCAGAACACUGCCAAGGGAUCUCACGGCAGUUUUGAGGUACAUAACUUUACUGUGGUCUAUCCGAUCACAUGAGAAGAAGAAUCGAUGCGUUGCAGAUAUUUUCGCGCAACACGUGACGAAACAUCCGAACAAAAUUUGCUUCAUCUACGAGGAUCAAGAAUGGACCUUCCAGCAGGUUGAGGAUUUUAGUAAUAAAGUAGCGACGGUGUUCAAGACGCAUGGAUAUCACAAAGGAGACGCCAUUGCUCUGUUUUUGGAAAAUCGGCCGGAGUUCGUUGCAAUUUGGCUAGGCUUAAGCAAACUCGGCGUUAUCGUACCGUUGAUAAAUACUAAUCUCCGAAAAGCAUCUCUUCUACACAGCAUCAACGUUGCCAAUUGCCAAGCGAUAAUAUACGGCGCUGAUUUAGGCGAUGCCAUUAAAGACAUAUCUUCGUCCGUAAACGCGAAAAUAGCGUUGUACAGAUUUUCGGACACUACAAAUUCACCGUCUAAUGGACUGAAGGAAAAAGAUCUCACCGCUAUUCUCGUUGAUGCCCCAACCACACCGCCUGUGGUCAAAGAAAAGGGUGGAUACAGUGAUAAACUCCUUUAUAUUUACACCAGCGGUACAACCGGCCUGCCAAAGGCUGCCGUGAUCACAAACUCCAGGUACUUAUUCAUCGCUAGCGGUAUCCACUAUGUCGCAGGUUUUAGAAACAGUGACAGAUUUUACACUCCACUACCGUUGUACCACACGGCUGGCGGCAUCAUGUCGAUAGGCCAAGCUUUACUACACGGUUCAACGGUUGUGAUUAGGAAAAAGUUUUCGGCCAGCUCGUAUUUUAGCGAUUGUGCUAAAUACCAGUGUACAGUAGCUCAGUAUAUUGGGGAAAUGUGUCGAUAUGUACUGGCAGUACCGCCGAAACCAGAAGACAAACAACACAAUGUUAGAAUGAUUUUUGGCAAUGGACUCAGGCCGCAAAUUUGGAAUGAUUUCGUUAAUCGUUUCAAAAUAGCUAGAGUUUCCGAGUUUUACGGAGCUACCGAAGGAAAUGCGAACAUUGUAAACAUCGACAAUACCGUUGGGGCUAUCGGCUUUGUCUCAAGAAUCAUCCCAGCAGUGUAUCCGAUUUCUAUAAUUAAGGUAGAUGCGAAUGGAGAGCCGAUCAGAAAUUCUAAGGGACUUUGUAUGAACUGCGAGCCAAAUGAACCUGGCGUUUUUAUCGGCAAAAUCUUGCCUAAUAAUCCAACUAGAGCAUUCCUGGGUUACGUCGACUCUAAGGCAUCCGAAAGCAAAGUCGUUCAUGAUGUCUUCGCCAAGGGUGAUUCUGCCUUCGUUUCUGGCGACAUCUUGGUAGCCGAUGAGUUGGGAUACCUGUUCUUUAAAGAUCGCACCGGUGACACAUACAGAUGGAAAGGUGAAAAUGUAUCGACAUCAGAAGUCGAGGCAAUUGUCAGCAACCUUGCCAGUUACAAGGAUUGCGUCGUUUACGGUGUUGAGAUUCAAGGAGCUGAAGGACGGGCUGGAAUGGCAGCUAUUUAUGACCCAGAUGACACACUAAACCUAGAGCAGCUAGUGUUAGGGAUGAAAGAGCAACUGCCCUCAUAUGCUAGACCUCAAUUCAUCAGAGCUUUGAGGAAAAUUGAUAUGACUGGUACAUUCAAAAUAAAGAAGAAAGAUCUGCAGGACGAAGGUUAUGAUCCAACAAAGAUUCAGGACAAAUUAUAUUACUUGGAUCCAAAGUCUGGCUACAAAGUUCUAACGCCUGAAGCGUUUGAACAGAUACAACAAGGCAAGAUUCGUUUGUAAACGUAAAUAAGUUGGCAUAAAUCAAUUGUCUAGGUACAGUAAAAAUGGUAUUCCAUUGGAACCGCGUGAAAAGCCGACGUACAAUUUAAACGCGGGUAAAAAUAAAACAACAAUUUUCAAGUACCCUAACUGAAAUAUGAGAAGAAUGUGUUGUAAGAGAUGGAAGGGAAAAAAGUGGUAGUGAGUUGAAGCCUCAAAGAUCUGAUUUAAGGCAGCCGACAAUUAUUUUUCUCUACCGAAAGUGUAGCAUAAUACAUGAACGGAUUUGUCAUUUGUGUUUGAACGCGCAUAAUUUUUUUCUUUUAUUAUAUUUAUUUAUUUUUUAUCCCCAUGUGUGUUGUUUCUACAUACAUACCUGAUUCAUUUGUCUUCUCUUGGAUGAAGCUACAAUAGGAAUAUAGCCUAAUUGAAUAAAUAAUUGAAUGUAAUAAUUAAUUAACCAAAACGGUGAAACAUUAUACAUGGCGGUAGACGUCAGGGUUGUGACUUGUGACCGGUUAUUUUUUUACGUAGAUUAAAUGUAACGCACAAUAUAGAAUUUCGAAUUGAAUUGUUGACAUGUAAAUGAUUGAGGUGUCUCAAAACGCAAUGUAUUGCUACGACUGAUUUGAACAGUGUCAAUGUAAAUAAAAGAUUGAUAGACAAAAAAAUAUAUAUAUAU